UAGCUUGUCAAACUGACAGCUGACUUUUCGAGUUGCAUAAUUUUUGCAGCUGAAAAUUUCUCGAAAUACAGAAAGAAAAGUGCCGGUUCUUCGGCAGUAACAAAUCAAUCGUUUUAUAAACAUGUUCGCUUCACGCCGGGUUGGAUCUUUAGUUUGGGCGGUGGGUGGUGCGAGGCAAAAGCACUGCCUGCCUAACCUGCCAUACGAGUACAAUGCGUUGGAGCCGGUGAUCAGCCGUGAGAUCAUGAACCUGCACCACAGCAAGCACCACGCCACUUACGUCAACAACCUGAAUGUUGCUGAGGAGAAGCUCGCUCAGGCACAGGCUAAAGGUGACAUUGAGACGGUCAUUAACCUGGCCCCAGCCCUCAGGUUCAAUGGUGGUGGCCACAUCAACCACACCAUUUUCUGGCAGAAUCUCUCCCCCAAUGGGGGAAAACCCUCUGAUGAGCUCACCAAAGCCAUUGAGAAAGACUUUGGGUCAUGGGAAAACAUGAAGAACCAAUUAGCGGCUGCGUCGGUCGGCGUCCAAGGCUCCGGUUGGGGCUGGCUCGGCUACAACAAGCAGAUGAAAAAGUUGAUGAUUGCCACAUGCCAGAACCAAGACCCUUUGCAAGCCACCACUGGUUUGAUUCCCCUGUUCGGGAUUGACGUUUGGGAGCAUGCCUACUACCUGCAGUACAAAAAUGUUCGCGCUGAUUAUGUGAAGGCAAUUUUCGAUAUCGCAAACUGGAAAGAUGUCUCGUGCAGAUACGAGAAUGCCCUGAAGUAAAAUAAAUACCUCAGCAUUUUUAGGAUUAAAGCUUUAAAAAAAUUGCAAAACUCACAAGGUGAAAGUGCAUUAGAUUGUGAUAACCAAGUUCUUGAAUAACAUGUAAUGUCCUUA